AUGAUUCGUCUAUUCUCCUUCGCGUUUUUAUUCCUCGUUCUGGCUAUAACAGUCACAUGGUUUGGUGAAGAUGUUCACAGAAACCGUUAUCUUCCUCCCUCGGUGGACCUCCUAACCGCAACAGCCGAGCAGAUCUCCCAACAGCUGCAAAACCGAUCCAUCACCAGCCUCCAGCUUGUCAAGGAGCGUGUACGUCGUAUUGAACUGGAUAACACCCAAGGCUUCGGCCUGCAAGCCGUCAUGAAUGUCGUCCCUUAUGAGACCCUCAUUGAGAUGGCCAAAACCAGAGAUGUCGAAAGAAUGGCCAACAAUAUCCACGGCCCAUUACUUAGGAUCCCGAUCAUAGUGAAGGUAAAUAAUGAAUCACCAUAA